CGCUGCUUGGUUCGUGGUGGUCGUUUGCCAAUCCUCCUGGUUCGUCGUGCUCGAAGGCCCUCCUCGCGUUCGUCCAACGCUAGCGUCUCCAGGUCCUGUUCCGCAGCUCUUCGCUCGUCGUCUGUCCGUGGGGUUCGUCGCCAGCUCCCGUCGUCUGUCGCCAGCUCGCCAGUGUUCGUUGCCAGCUUCCUGUCGUCCGUCGAUCUCCAUCAAAUCUCCGCUCCCUGCCCUCCCCAAAGUUGAACCAUUGAACUAUUGAACCAGUCGCUCGAUCGGUUCGGUUCUCGCAACCUUAAUGGCGACAAAAGUGUUGGCUUUCCCUGUCACUGUGAGUGACCUUUCCAAGCGUUUCGGUUCCAAGUCGCCACAACCCAGUUCCAAAGUUCGCGUUUUUACCCUCAGAUGUUCUGCCGGAGAAAGACCUUGGAAGACAUCAGAUGCUAGGCUUGUUUUGGAGGAUGGAUCAAUCUGGAAAGCAAAGUCAUUUGGGGCUACAGGAACCCAAGUUGGUGAAGUAGUUUUCAAUACAUCAUUAACUGGGUAUCAAGAAAUUCUAACUGAUCCUAGUUAUGCUGGCCAGUUUGUGCUAAUGACAAACCCACAUAUUGGUAACACUGGUGUAAAUUUUGAUGAUGAGGAAUCAAGACAAUGCUUCCUUGCGGGUUUAGUAAUUAGAAGCUUGAGUAUCAGCACCUCAAACUGGAGAUGUACAGAAACUCUAGGUGACUACUUAGCAAAAAGGAAUAUCAUGGGAAUUUAUGAUGUUGAUACACGUGCAAUCACCCGCAGAUUACGGGAAGAUGGCAGCCUUAUUGGUGUCUUGAGCACUGACAAUUCCAAAACUGACGAAGAACUACUUAAGAUGUCUCAAUCUUGGGACAUUGUUGGUAUUGAUCUCAUAAGCGGAGUAUCAUGCAAAACUCCACAUGAAUGGGUUGAUAAAACAAAGCAAGAAUGGGAAUUUAAUUCUAAAGUGCCUCAGGAGACUUUCCAUGUUGUUGCCUAUGAUUUUGGAAUAAAGCAAAAUAUACUCAGAAGACUCGCGUCUUAUGGCUGCAAAAUCACUGUUGUACCAUCUACAUGGCCAGCAUCAAAAACUUUGAAGAUGAAGCCAGAUGGGGUGCUUUUCAGCAAUGGCCCUGGAGAUCCUUCUGCUGUUCCGUAUGCUGUGGAGACAGUAAGGGAUAUUAUAGGGAAGGUGCCUGUCUUUGGAAUUUGCAUGGGACAUCAACUGCUUGGCCAAGCUUUAGGAGGCAAAACCUUUAAGAUGAAAUUUGGUCAUCACGGAGGAAAUCACCCUGUUCGCAACCUUCGAACAACCCAUGUUGAGAUUAGUGCUCAGAACCACAAUUAUGCGGUUGACCCUGCCACUUUGCCAGAAGGAGUGGAGGUUACUCAUAUUAACCUCAAUGAUGGAAGCUGUGCUGGUCUUGCCUUCCCUGCUAAGAGAAUAAUGUCUCUCCAGUACCACCCAGAAGCAUCCCCAGGACCCCAUGAUUCGGAUUACGCAUUCAGGGAGUUUGUAUAUCUAAUGAGGCAGGAAAAAAGAAAGAAAUCUGAGCCCCAAUUAUCAACAGUGUAAACCAUAUUCGGUCUAUGCUUUGUAAUGUAAACAGUUGGGGUGAUUAUUACCCCACUAGAUGAUGGAUAUCACUGCACUUCGAAUAAUAAGUACUUCAUUAUUGUCUCCACGGCUUGAUCUGUAAUUGUGAUUUGUGAACAAAACAAUCAAGCUGCAUUUGUUUUAGUUCUAAAUGCAGUAAUCUCAAGUUAUCUUGCUAUUUUGCUUGAUC